UAUUUGGCCAAAGUUUUUUCCAAGACUUUACAAACGUCGACGAUGGUAUUUCGUUGUAUGCCUUAGACGACAUGUACACAACAUCCUUCAUAUUAACUGACUUCAGCACUUUUAAGAGGUCCAAGUUGUCAUUAGCCUCCAGUUUGGAAAGAACGUCAGAAAGCAGUUUUCGGUGAUACUUUCUCUUGAAGCACUCAAUGACCCCUUGGUCCAUUGGCUGUUGAAGAUUGGUUACAUUGGGUGGCAGGAACAGCAGUUUAAUUUAUUUUUGAAGACACUGAAGACCUUCCUGGUGAGUAGGCGCGUUGUCAAGCAGUAGAAGUGCUUCGAUGGGCAGAGGUCGCGUCUAGGUGGCGCUCGCCAUGUGCGUGACUAAUGCUCAGAAAGCCGGCCGGACUAAGCGGAGACCGAACUAACCGAGGCCGAACUUACGGGAGUCUACUGUAUUGUUCUAUUCUACUAGCAUAUUUCUUAGAAACCAGAAAUCCUACGCCGUUUAGACUUUGCUCAUCGUGCCCUUUGUAAUACAAGAUGUUACCUGACUGCAAUGUUAUGCGCUCUUCGCCUUUCCUUUUUACCUCUGCGAGACCAAUUAUGAAGUUCGUGAAACUGUUCGUGAAACUGUGAAAAAUACGGGAAACUGAGAGGAAGUAAUAACAUUCCCCAUGCCACAUUUAUGGUCAAAUUAAAAGAAAAAACAUCUUUGGAUGCUAGAAAGGGUCCUCCAACUAUUCUAACUUCAGAUGUAAGUAGGUCUAUCUUGUUAGUAAACAUAAUAUUUUAAACACAAAUCAGCAAUAUUUUGUAUUUUGACAACGACAUCCGAUUUGGGCGUCGAUACGUUAAUAAAAUUAUUUUUUCAAUUGAAUUGUGGCUUAUUUCCCAAUCAAAAUAGUUAAUUAGUAAUACUCCAGGCUGUGGGUGAAAAAUAGGUCGAUUUCAGGAUAUAAUUUAGGAAUUUUUGAAACCUAUCAGGUGUUGUAAAGGACGAUGUAAGGAAUAACUUCUACUAAAAUGUGACGAAAAAUAUUGUGAGCUUUUUUUGUUAUUGCGAUUUUAAUUUGUUAAAUUUGCAAUUCUUAAAGAUUUUUAAUUUUGCAGCUUAGGAUAUUGAUUCUAGAGAAAAACUUUUUAAUGGAAAGUUGUAGUAAAUUAAAAAACCUACAAUUUGAGCUAAGGUAAGUUUCAUUUCGUUUAUUGGUUAUUGCAAAACAGCCUGCGAAAGGUCCAAAAUGGCCGUUUUUUACAAUUGCGUUAUUUAUUGUACAAAUAAUUUUUUUAUUUUUUAAAGCUUUAAAAUGAAGAUCUUUCAAUUCCAAACAUAAAAAAAAAUUGUAAGGCCGGAUUAACGAAUUUGUUGCUUAGAUAUUACGAAUUGUUUAUCCCAAAAGGUCAAAUGUCGAAGGCUAUAACUUUUUGAAAAAAUAUCGUAGAGAGUUGGUGAAACAUCCAAUCUCCUUCUAAAGAGUUAAAUUUUCAUAUUCUGAUGUAAAUAAAUGCGUAAAACAUUUUUAAACCUCUAAUUUUUGGGUGCAACUUGUACUAUAAAGUAAAUUAAUAUAUUUUACUGAUUGUUGUUAAACUAAAAAAGUGUUUUUUUUUGUAAAAGACUUUUCAAUUUAUAGACUUUUUCCAAGUGCUUCUGUUAUUAUCUAAAGUUUAUAUAAAAAGUCUUGAUAAAAUCACCUUAAUAAUAUGGAAGAGAUGAGCUGGACAGUUGUGCAAUUCCUGGAAGAUGGGACAGUCGAGGCAGUUCCAACUGGCUGGAUUCAAGGAGAUAAAUGUCAUUGGCCUUCCCUUCCCACAUUAAAGAUGCAAAAUGCAAUAAGAAAGGGAGAAACUCUAAACACCUGUUGGCCUUCUCACUCGAUAAAGAUUUUUAAAAAUGCCACCUUUGGUAAAUUAGUAUUUUUUAUUUUUACUCCUUUUUUUUUAAGUGUGCUUUACAGAUGAUUAUAUUAAAGCCCGAUCUAAGGCAAGAAUAGCAGAAGAUACAAGUGAUUUAAACACAGGGGAUGAACAUCAGAAAAAAAGAAAAAAGGUUCAGAAAAUAUUUUCAAGCAGUGAAGAUGAAUCAAGUAAUGAGAACCUGAUUGGAGCUCCACCGAAAAUUAAAAAAUAUGUUCAUAAAACACCGAUUGAGAGAAAUGGUAAAUGAUUGCAAUUAUUAUUUUAAUUAGUUUUCUGUUUUCAGGGGAGUAAAGCAUGUCCAGUGCUACCUCUCAGCGAGAUAGAUGGCAUCUGAAGUCACCCCACUACCCAAGCAGGUGGUUUUAGAAAGCAGCCUCUGGUCAACAGGAUCAUAAAAUCCUUCAUACCGGGGGGUCAGCGGAGAGCCAUGGUGAGGUGGUGGGUAUUGUCUAUCCCAGUUGAAUGGGUCAGGGAAUAUUAACCAUCUAUCGGAGUUUUAAGUUGGGAAAUGUUUACAUCUCCCUUCUUAGAUCUCACUCGCAUGGACGGGUUGCUUCACGGCCGAAAGGCCUUGGGCGAGUUUUCUGUUUUUACUCAAAAUUAAAAUUUGUAAAGACAAAAAUUAAUGUUUUUAUUUUUUUUUUUUUAGUUUUUGGCAAGACCUUAGAUAAUGCAAAUCCUGAUAAUGCAGAUAAUGCAAAUCCUGUUGUGUCAGGUUCAAUUUCAAAAAUUAAUGAAUUGGCAUUUAUGCAAGAUCAAAAUGCAGUUAGAAAUAACAAAACUAUGGGUUCCAAUCACACUAUUCUGGAGCAGUGCAAGAAUUGUGUUGAAAAAGAUAAGCAGUUAAAAAUCUUGAUCCAACAGAGCCAUAUCCAAAGAGGACUAGUAGCUGAGACUCUAAAUGAGGUGAAAAAACUGAAAGAAAUGAUUUUAAAUGGUGUAACAGAGAGUAAAAAUGAAAGAACCAGUUUUUUUCAAAAUGAAAAUUUAGAUUUCCCCAUAAACACAGAUAUAGAAUUUGAAAAAUUUGAAGAAUAUCUUCAAGAUGAAGAUAAUUUCUCCAAGGCACUCCAAGAGAUAUCUAAGCUGGGUGGACGCAAUGCAUAUGAUUUUAUUAAAAGGGCUUUUCAACUUAUCCUAUCAAAUGACCAAGCUCUAAAAUAUAGUUGGAAGGGCAUGAAAGGAAACAGAAAAUUUAAUGAUACCCGUUUAGCAACGCUGUUGUUAAGAGCCGCAGAUGUUACAGGACUAGCAGAUUCUCAAAAAACAAAUGAAUGUGCAAUUCAAACUUGGUUGAGAAGGGCAAGUGACAGGAAGGCAACAGUGUUAAAUAAAACUUCUUAAAAAAUAGGAAAAAAGUUAAAGUUUUCCCUUGGGUUUUCUGGGUAUUAUAACAAAGUUUUUAAUUUAUAACAUUUUAUAAGAGUUAAUUGAUUUUUGUUUAAAGUUAUAAAAUAAUAUAUUUUUUUUAAUGUUACCCGUCACUUAUAAACUCUAUGAUUGAGAAUACAGUUCAACGUUUGUGAAAUAUACAACAAAUUUUUAUUUUAUAUUUUACUUAUAUUUUUUUAUUUAUAUUUGUAGUAGAUUAAGCAGGUACACAUUGGUUUGUAGUUAAAAUAUACAUA